CCGGUUUUGUUUGGUCGACUAGGUUAUGAGUUUGGUCUGAUUUCUGAGUUUAGCGUUUGGUUUGAUAGAUUAGUGAAACUCACGUUUAAUGUUAUCUUUUCUUCCAGAACUUAACCUCACCGUCUCUGCUAUUCAUAAUCUCAUCUCUUUGUCUUCCCAGUCGUUAUCUCUUGACCUUCCAUGUGGUUAAAUGUUUUUUUUUAAUUAUGCCAUAAUUGUUAUUCACAUUGAAUCCAGUAUUCACGUCGACGCCUCCGAUUCCUUCAUCUGAAAUCUAUAAAAAAAAAAAGAAAAGAAGAAAAAAUGCAGCAAUCACAAAAUUGCAAGAUCUGUGGGAACGAAGCCAUACACUCUUGCCGUAUUCCGAUCCCUAAUCUCAAAGUUCUGUUCGUUUAUGAGUCGUCGCUAUUGAAUAAUUCGAUCUCGCGUUUUUACAAUGAGUUGAUACGAUAAGCUUCGCUCCAAUCUCUGUAGAUUUUCAAAUUUCCUCUUUUAUCAGAUCGUUUAGUUGAUCUUUUCACGAAUUUUGGAAAUCUGUUCUGUUUCUUCAAUGGAUAAGAAUAUUUUGUUUACCGAUGAUCUUCCUGAUGGUAAUUGAGAUUUUGCAUUCCGGUUUUAGAUUAAAAUCAAAUAUGUGUGUUAGGGUUGUAUGCGGUGUGUAUAUGUUUUUGCUUUCCAAAUCUCAUGAUUUCCUAAUACAAGAAUAUUUUUUUCUUUAAUUUGGAAAGAGAUUUGAUGAAUGAUUCAUUGUAACAUGUCUUGCAGGCACGAUCUCAGCGCUUCUCUAGAAGCAGAACAAUGUGGUGCAGUCUUCCGAGAUCGUGAUUGGGAGUGGUAUAUCUGCUAGGAACCUCUCUGAAGCUUCUAUUAACGUGACUGUUCUCGAAUCACACGAUAGGAUUUGUGGUCGAUCCACACUGAUUUCUCCUUUGGUUGUCCUGUUGAUAUGGGAGCUUCUUGGUGAACUUUUUUUUAAAUCUAUAUGUGAUGUAUACGUUUUGAACAGCCUCGCGUUCUAAAGCCUUUCUCAAACGUUGUCUAGGUUACAUGGAGUCUCCAACGACACCCCUUGGCUCCUAUUAUACGCCGUCUAGGGGUCACUCUAUACCGAACUAGCGGGGAACACUCCAUCUUGUAGAUCAUGAUCUCGAAAGACCCCUUUUCCUGCAUGUACGUCCUAUUAUUUUAACGAGUUAGUUGUUUGUCAUAAAAAUCAACUCUUAUAAGUAUAAUCUGGCUUUUUCCUUAUCUCAAUUAUCGACUUUAUAGUUACAAAAAAAAAAAAAAAAUUAUCGACUUUAUGACAUGCACGGGAAUAAAAUUCCGCCGCAGUUGGUCACUCAAGUUGGAGAUGCAUUCAUGAGAAUUCUCCAAGAGGUAAAAGCUUUGCAUUUUUGCUUGAGUUAAAUUUUAGAAUUAGCAUAUCCUUUUGUCGUAAAUAGAAUUUGACACAUGCUAGCUUGAUUCUAGAUGGAGAAAAUUAGGGAUGAUACUGUUACGAGCAGGUACCUAAUAGGCUUCCCUUAAAUUAAAUAUGUUUCAUCUUUAAAUUUUAAUAUUAAAUGGUACAUUUUUUCUCUUGGUGAACACACAUGAAGUUUAUUUUAUUUACAAGGUUCAGAUUCUCGAGGUCUUGAGCCAAAAUGGCUGGUACUAUGUCUCUUGCACUCGCUGCAGCAAAAAACUAGACAGAUCUGCCGCAUCUCUCCGCUGCAACCAAUGUGUUAAUCACAAUGUCACCAAUGUAGUAAAGUAAGAACUUUACAUACUCUUAAAAAAAAACAAUAUACACUAAUUUUAGCAUUUCUAUCACUCAUGUUUUGUUUAUUCAGGUACCAUGUUGAAUUAUUGGUUGAUGAUGGGAAUAACUAUGCCACUUUUGUUGUGUUCGACAAGGAGAUGCUUAAGCUCGCUAAGCAAGAUGCAGCUGCUCUUCUUCUUGAUGAGGUUAAUAGUGGUGUCGGCAAGAAACUCAAGGCAGAACUUGGAGGGACAGAUUUAGAUUUCCAUAUACGUGUCACUCCACACAAUUUCUCCCCAGACCACUGCACCUUCACCGUUUCCGCAGCCAGUGACAGUUUUAACACCGAGAGUUGCAACAUCAAUGAAACACCAUUUGUUGAAGGGAAAUGUGGGGACGCAUCCACUUCCGCUUCUGCCAGCAACACAUCUACGGCUGAUGUGAAAGGUGGACGCAUACACCCCCGUGAAUGAGAGUUUUUAAGCAAUGAAAACGUGAACCCAAACUCUGCUUGCGUUUCUUUAUAAUUUCUUAUAUUACUAUGCAUAUCCUAUUUCAUACUUUCCAGUUUUUCCUUAUUUCCAUGUUUUUUCAAAGCCAUUUACGGCUACAGACCUUAUCCGACGAAAACAGUUUAUAA